CCCCUCCCCCUCUCUCUACUUCAAUUUCUACUAGUGCAAGGUGAUCCAGUGAGUAACAGUGUAUGAAGUAGCCCGUUGCCAUGACGUCAGAUGCCAGCCACAUGCUGGACGCAGCCUUGGAGCAAAUGGAUAACAUUAUCGCUGGAGGGUUCUGCGAGGCCUUCUUGAAGUUUGGGGCCCAGGGUUACCCCUCCCAGGGUUCGGACUCUGCCCUCAUUCCUGCCCUGACCUCAGCCAUUACCCCCGACAUCAGGGUGCUGCAGCUGGUAGAGGAUCUCAGGGUAGCCCUGGAGGGCCAGGUGGACCAGGAGUCCAUGAGGAGACAGGUCCCCAUAGACACAGCACACGCCCUGUUAGAAUGGCUGGAGAAGGGAGGGGUAAACCAGCAGUCCCUUGUGAACGGAGAGACUAACCAAGAACGACUGACACGCUUAGAGGGAGACAAAGAGUCCCUUGUCCUCCAGGUGAGCGUUCUGACGGACCAGGUGGAAGCUCAGGGUGUAAAGAUCAGUGAUCUGGAAAGAUCUCUGGAGGAACACCAACACAAGCUAAACUCUACAGAAGAGAUGCUGCAGCAGGAGCUUCUUAGCAGGACGUCACUGGAGAGUCAGAAGUUGGAUCUGAUGGGAGAGGUGUCCUACCUGAAACUGAAGCUAGUGGACAUGGAGGAGAAACAGAUUCAUGGAGUUGAGAGGCAGCACAAAGCAGAGAGUGUUGUGAACUUGAUUAGUGAGCUGCAGGAGCAGAUGUGUAGGUUUCAGCAGGAGAUCAAUUGCAGGAUCCGGGAGAAAACAGGCCAGGCUGACAGCAGCCUACAGAAGGCCUGCGACACUGGGUCCACGGAUGCCCAAAACCCAGACCAGGGGCUCGCCUGUGAUGGUAGCCCAGAGGAGGUACACGACAGUGGGCUGGAGGAGCCUCCUGACGUGAUCCCAUUUUCAGGCGUGGAGAAUAGCUCCAGUACUUCUGAGGAGCAGUGCUGCUGUGGAAGAGAGAGUGUCAUACUUCAAGAGCUCAGACUUCUCAAGGAGAAAGUAGACCAUCUUGAAGACCAGAAGUCCCAGUAUGAGAGGAGACUCAAAGCAACAAAGGCAGAGCUAUCAGACCUCCAGCAGCUCCUGCUCAGUAAGAAUGCUGAGAUAGACAGCCUGCACACACAGCUCCUGGCCAGACCACUGUCCACUGAGACAUCAGAGAGAGAGGAUAUGUACAGGAGAAGGCUCAACAACAAGCACCAGGAGCUCCAAAGGUUAAAGACGGGGAUGGAGACACUGCUGGUUGCCAAUGAUGAAAAGGACCGGCGUAUUGAGGAGCUCACACUGCUCUUAGUCCAGUGCAGACAAUUCAGAGAUGUUGUGACCCCAAGACAAGCUCCACCCACUAUCCUCUCAAUAUCCAAUGAGAGUACUCCAUCGAGCAGCAGUGAGGAACGGGAGCAUGGAGUGGUGAUGAGGACAGUUCCUCCCAGUGUACUCCCUGAGAACAAAAAGACUGAGAUGUCCUUCAGCAGUUCAUCCCCCCAGCUCGUGUCCCUACUGCCAGCCCAGAAGGAAAGAGAACUCUGGACACAUCCCCGACUUUUAUCAAGCAGUAUGGACAACCUACAGAAUGGAUCUUCAUCGAAGCAUGUAGUGGUGAUUCCUGUAGAGGCUGAAGUGUCUACUGAGAAUGGGCCUGUAGAUAACCGGUGCCAGACCCUGCCGGUGAAGGCCUCCUUCCCAGAGCAUAAUGGAGAGUGCAGUGAGACACAGAGCCAGAGGUCUCCAGAGGGGAGUGAGGAUGGAGACUCAAGAAAGACGGAGAAAAUGGACGACACCUCAUCCUCUGACCUUUCACCCCAGUCUUCAGGGGCGGAGUCGGGUCAACGAACUAUUGGCUCACCAGAACACUUGAGGAACAAUAACAGUAUCAGAAAGCUCUGGGGAAAGAUCAGGCGGACCCAGUCAGGGGGUCUGCAGGGGGAGGACCUGGAACCAAACCAGUUUAGGAGAGGGGGGCUGCGUGCCACAGCAGGGCCAAGGCUGACCCGGACCCCUGAGUCUGGGAGCACUGUUCGGGAUAUGAACACUCCAUUCAGCCAGUGGACCAGAGAGCAGGUGUGUGGUUGGCUGGAGGACUAUGGUCUGGGCCAGUACGUCAACCUGACUCGGCAGUGGGUCGACAACGGACAGACGCUCCUGUCCGCAAGGCCACAGGACUUUGAGAAGGAAAUGGGUAUCAAACACCCGCUACACAGGAAGAAACUACAGCUGGCUCUAAGGGGGUUCAGUACUAAAGCCCUGGAAAAGUCCUCUGAACUGGACCACAUCUGGGUUACACGAUGGUUGGAUGACAUAGGCCUUCCUCAGUACAAGGACCAGUUCCACGAGGGGCGAGUGGAUGGCAGGAUGCUCCAGUAUCUCACCGUGAAUGACCUGCUUUACCUGAAGGUGACCAGUCAGCUUCAUCACCUCAGUAUAAAGUGUGCUAUCCACGUCCUCCACGUCAACAAGUUCAACCCCCACUGCCUCCGACGAAGGCCUGGAGAAGAGAGGAACCCCUCUCCCUCAGAGGUGAUCCAAUGGUCCAACCAUCGUGUGAUGGAGUGGCUUCGGGCGGUGGACCUGGCUGAGUACGCACCCAACCUACGGGGCAGUGGGGUCCAUGGAGGUCUCAUUAUUCUGGAGCUGCGGUUCAGCUCUGAGACCUUGGCCAUGCUGCUGAACAUCCCCCCUCAGAAGACCCUGCUCCGCCGCCACCUGGCCACCGCCUUCACUGCCCUGGUGGGGACACAGGCCACUCUGGAGAAACGGGAGUAUGCCAACGCCACCGGCCAUGCACCCCUCACUACCGCCGCCAAAGUCCGGCCCAAGAAGCUUGGUUUCACCCACUUCAGUCACCUGAGGAAGAGGAGGCCGGAUGACUUGGCGGACUACAUCUGCCCGAUAGACAGUGGGGGCCUUUCAGCCAUGAAUGGGGUUUCCCACCGGCUGUACACAGGGGUCCGAGGCCUUAGCCCCAUCCUGGACAGAGAGCCAGAGAGUCGGGAGCAGGUGGGGCCCAAAAGCUGACACUGACGCUCCCCUCAGCCAAUGACUGCCAAUCUUAUGACUUUUAACCCUGCCCCACAUGCCUAUGUGAACACGCCCCCGCUCUCCCUGAAUCAAGGUGCUGAUUUUGUGAUUCGGGGGAAAUUCUAACAUAUUGAUUUUAUCACCAAAUGGUUAUUUGCUGGACAAGCUACAGUGUGUGAGCAUAUAAUGAUGUGGAUGUACUAAUUGGGUAUUAGCUGGACAUCCUGUAUGAUAAUUAGCUGGAUUUACUUAUUUACUGGAUAUGCUUAUCAAGUAAUUGACCUGGAUAUGUUGAAAUCAUGACUGACCGGCUAAAUGAGGAUUCAUAAUGUUACGGUUGUAUAAUGGUUCCCUUUGAAAGCCGCUCUCUGCAUUCCUCGAAAAAUGAGAUGGAUUCAACUUUCCUAUCUUCUGCCAUUGCUUCAGAACAUGACCUCUAUGUGUUACUGACCGUUGUAGCCUUCCUCCUGACCUUGCUGGAUUUACUGUAUCUUAGCGAUCAACAGCCUUUCUUGAGUUAUGGUACAAUGUACAAAAAUGAAUACAAACUAUAUAAGCUUG